CUGCAGAAUGAUGAAUCCUGACGGCCAAACAGGCGGAACGCCAAAUGUUCGGUUGAUUAUAUCCGUCAUUAUAAUUGUGGGAUGUUUUACUGUGAUAUAUCCUCGCUUUUUUCACCCAUUAGUGUUGAAGGCGUUUGGGAUGGCACCAGAACCACCAGUCAAACAUCAGCCAGAUUUCCCACCUCACAGAGGAGUUGGUGGCCAUGGUCCUGGUAGACCCAGUCCUGAUGACAUCAAACAACACAUGCGGCCUGGUCCUCAUCCUGGCAUGAGAGCCUCAGCAGAAAUGAACAAACAGAAACAAUCUAGUGGUGGACGGGGAGGCAUAAUGGGAAUGGUUCUGCCAAUGUAUGCAGUGGGAAUCGUAGUCUACCUAAUCUAUACUCUCUUCAAGGUUUUUAAUAAGCAAGGGAAGGGAGACAUUCGCCGUCGACAACUGGAAGAACAACAGAGACGAGGCCUUGCAUACAGGGGUGGUGUUGGAGGCCAAUAUAGGGAUGGGGUUGGUACCUACCCAGGGAGUGAGCCAACAGCACCCCUGACUGACAUGUAUGGAGAAACACCUGAGGAAAAACUGGCAAACAUUGAGGAUGUACUAAAUAAAGCAGAAGACAAAAAUAUUAGUGAGGUACAGAUGCAAGAUUUGCAACGUCGUCUACAGGAGACAGAGGCACAGAUGGCAAAUAUACUCAAGGCCAUGAAUGCUGUGUCAAACAAAGUUGUAGAAUCUGCAGCUGAGGAUGAUAGUGAGCCACAUUUGGUAAAAGAUAAGGAAAAGGACAACAAAUCCAAUGACUCGAGUCCAGACAUUAGUAGCUAUGAAGUGAUUGACAAAUCAAAGGGAGAGAAAUCCAAGAGCUCCUCCCCAGAGGUCGAAACAUUGACUGCAGGAAAGGAAGUCAAUGAUGAGGAGAAAGCAAAAACAGAUGGAAAUGAAGAGAAAUCCGAAGGUAAGAGUGAAGAAAAGAAAGAAGAAGAUGAAACAGAAAUAGAGGAAGUGUUGUUGGAAGAUAAGAAGGAUGAAGAGGAUGAAGAUGGAGAGUCAAGUGUGAGGAAAAGGAAGACCCAUCCUGUAUCCAACUGAAAUAUCAGUUAUUGUCCUCAGUCUUAUUCUAUAUGUUUUUACACAGAAAGUAUGCAGAAUGUUCAGUACUAGAUGUACUGUGUAUUGAUAAUAGAAUAUAUUCUUGUACAUUAUGAAAAUGUUCGGUAAAUAACAUAUUGUUUGAUCAUUUAUUACAAAUGAAAUCUAUUGAAAACAAACUGAAUUGAAAUAAAUUCAUGUGACCCCAUAAAAUAUAUUAGAUAACUUACUUUUUGAAUCAGAAUUUAAAACUCGUGUAACUACAUUGAUUAGAUGUACUAGUGAAAAUAUUUUACCAGCUGAUUGUCCUGCCUGUAAAAUGUGAUGUUUCUUCAUGUUUGAAUAGAAGAAUUAUACAAUGUCCAGCAGAUUUCUCCUUACUUUUUUUUAUGAAUGAAGAAAAAAUAUACACUACACAUUUUAGGAGUCUGCAAGAUUUUUAAUCAAAAUAUCAGUUAUUGAUUCAAAUGGAAAACUAGUCAGUUUAUAGCCUUAUAGUUAUAAACAGUCCCCAUUAUCUCCUGGAUUUUGUCCAUUUUAGUAAAAAUAUCUUAUUUAUUAUCUGCCAUAUUGGGAGACUGGGUAACAUUCUACAAACAGAAAAUUGAUAUAUUGAAUAUGUAUUGGUUAUGCAAGAAUUCUCUUUAUAACCAAUUAAAUAAUGACUCUUUCAUGAAUUGUCACAAAAAAACAAAUAAAAACAUCAUAAGUACCAACAUGACAUUUAUAAUACAUGACAUUAUUAUAGCAACAUGUUUGUUAUUUAAACAUGGCAUUUAUAACAUCAACAUUAAAUUUAUCAUUUCACAACAUUGAUAAUAUCAACAUGAUGUUUACAAUACCGACAUGGCAUUAUGAUUUGUGAUAUCAACAUGUUUAUAAUAUCAACAUGUCAUUAAUAAUGUAAGCAUGAAAUUAAAAUAUCAACUUAACCUUUAUAAUAUCAACAUGAUUUAUGAUACCAUCAUGACAUUUUUGAUAUCCUCUUGACUUAUAUAACAUUACUGUGGCAUAUGUAACAUCAACAUGAUGUUUAUAUAUAUCAGCAUGAUGUUGAUAAUAUAAACACGAUCUUUUUGAUAUCAACAAGAUGUCUAUAAUAUCAGGAUGAUUUUUAUAAUAUCAACAUGACAUUUAUAAUAUCAACAUGAAACUUAUAAUAUCAACAUGACACUUAUAAUAUGACAUUUAUAAUAUCAACAUGACAUUUAUA